AUGAACUCUGGCGAAGCAGACGGUCCGGCAUGUCCCGUAGCCAUUCAUCCGUAUGGCAUGUCAUCUGGAGCGCUAACGAUGAGCGGCAUCGGCUCCGGUGCUCUCCAGAUGGGCCCAAUUACGUCAACGAAUACCCUCAGCUCUGCUGUAGGACUACCUACUGGUUUAGCGCUUGGCAAUAUUGAUAUAACUAAUUCUUGGUGUCAGUUUCCUGGGUAUCACGAUAUAAGGCCUAUUGAUCAUGGAAGCUAUGAUCCUGAGAUACCCACUAUAAAUUACCAAGAUAUUUCUUCUACACAAAAAUAUGAACCGCUUAAGUACGAUUACGGAGAUAUAAGACCUAAACCGUAUGAAGAGCAGCGGCUGUACCAUAAGGUUAAAUAUUUUGAAAUUUCUUUGAUAUCAAUUCUAAUUUGUGCAGAAAUAAACAAAUCCAACUCUUUAAGUUCAUAUAAUGCUUUCUGUACUUCUGCAGUUUUUCAGAUUUCGUCUAUGGUUAGGCUUCCUCCUCUUCUGAUUUUCUAUAUUUUCUAUGACUAUAUAUAAAA